AUGGGCGAUCAGCAGGGCAGCUCCCAGGCCGAAGUUACGGUCUCUCUCGGGCCAGCCUCCCCGGGUCUUCAGGCAGCGUACCUCGGCAUCAGUUUUAUCCUGAUAGUAGCCGCUAACUCUCUUCUCAUCCUCCUUGUGUGCAGAAAGGAAUAUCUCCAACAGCCUCGCCACUACUUACGGUGCCACCUAGCCUUCAACGACAUCCUCUUCACAACGGCACAGAUCCCGAGAUACAUCCAUCUAAUUCUGCAAAGCAACGGCCGAUUUUACGGUAUUAUCUGCUCGGACACACGAAUAGUUAGCGCUACAGCAUUACUGUCCACAUACGCUACCUAUCUUCUAAUGGCUAUAGACUUGUACUACUACAUAUGUCACCCACUUAAGUAUGAAACCAAAGUCACUACAAAGCGUUUGGCCAUAGUACUGGGUCUUGUUGACGCGUUCUCUAUCAUCUGCGGCGCAGUUCCGAUUGCCCUUGUUAGAAAAGCAGAAGGUAACGUCUCAUGUCUGAUGAAAACAAGGACAUAUCAGCCUGCCUUUGUUCUUAGGAGCAUCGGCAUAGUUUUACAGAUUUUAUCCCUGCCGGUUAUCAUAGGUUUGUACUACGUCGUUUUGAAGGAAGCGAAGCGGCAACAACAAAGGGACGAACAGCGACCGGUGAAAUUCUACAAGACCAAAGGCUUCAAAACCAUGUUUCCCCAUGUUGUAGUCUUUACUACUUCAGUAAUCUCUGCCAUUUUUAUGACUGUUACCUUGGCGGAAGGUAACGAACAGAAGGAGGGGCCUUCCAUGGCGGUAGUGAUCGUAGAAAAGGCCGCUAUUCUCCUGUGCCUGACUCUAUCGCCCCUGCUGAAUCCCGUCGUCUACACCCUCCGGCUACCCGAGUUCCGCCGUGCGGUGAGAGAGAUGUGCGGACGGCCGCCGACGGCAGCGGUCGCCCCGGCGUUGCCCAAUCUGCCGCGGGUACAUGUGAUUGAGGUUCGGCCUGACUCGACUUUGAAUGAUGUAUGA